UAUCAUUGCUGGACAAACGAUAUUGACGGGUCAGAGUGUUUGCGAGAGGGAUAGAUUAACCUGUCUCCUUAUCAGAGAGCGACAACCUUACAGUCCACAAUGAAGUUAUUUUACGUGGUAACGUUCAUUGUUUUAAUGGUGGCCAUUAUCUUGUCCCUCGGGCUCAACGUGCGGGUUCCGGAACCAGUCGCGGAGAAAACUACUCUCAGAAUCAUGGAAGGAUGCUUGAAAGGUGUUGGCUAUAUUAUAGGUGCAUCAGUGGCUCUUGGUUUAACCGAAGCAAACUCGCCAUUUUUAAAGGAAGUUGGGAACAACAUAUACAGAGUGUGCACAACGGGCAGACUAUGGAUGGCGCAGACCAAGGGACUCAGGAUAACAGACCAGGUAAUGAGUGGAAUACCUGUUCGUGUUUAUGAGCCCGAGUCCUCCAUUCAACAACCCAACAGACCUGUACUUUUGUACCUACAUGGGGGAGGAUGGGCCUUCCUCUCGAUUGAUAACUACGAUCAUCUGUGUCAAAAACUGGCAAAGGAUGCAAAUAUUGUAGUAAUAUCUGUAGACUACCGACUUAGUCCCCAGAACCCUUAUCCCGCCGGUUUGGAUGACGUCACUAGCAUUGUCAUGCACGUAUCUGAGAAUUCAAGAUCUCUAGGGAUAGAUCCGGGCCGUAUAGCUGUGGGUGGAGACAGUGCCGGGGGAAACCUAGCAGCGGCUGUCCAACUACGACCAGAAACACGCGGGAAAUUAUCAAUGUUACUUCUGCUUGUCCCUGUCUUACAGGGGGUCAACAUGAAAACCUUAGGAUUUACAGAAAAUGUGGAGUAUCUUCAUAAUAGUAUUAACAACCCCGGCCAGGUAGUCUAUUUCUUUCAUUACAUGAGUUUGGAUCACUCUUUGUUCAAUGCCUUUAGGAACAACGUGCAUACCUCUGCAGAAUUUAAAAAGGGAAAGUACAGGUUUCUGUUUGAUCAACGAAAAUAUCUUCCAGCUAAAUAUAUACGAUCAGCUAAACUCAAACAAAUGGGAAACGAUAUCGAACAAGUGGGAAAUGAGACUUUAUUUAAUGAAUUAAAAGAUAAACUUUUGACACCAACGAUUUUUCCUAUGAUGGCGUCAGACGAAGAACUGUCAAAAUUUCCGUUCACAUACGUCAUGGCGGCCGGAUAUGACCUCAUUCGUGAUGACGCAAUCAUGUUUGCUGAGCGACUUAGACAUCUUAAUGUAGAAGUGCAGCUUUCACACUUUCCGGACGGAUUCCAUAAUGAUCUAAUCAUGUUUGAUGGACCUUUUAAAACUGAUGUUGGAGUUAGAACAGUAAAUGACAUUGUCAAAGUGCUGAAGAAGCUUUAACCUUGUGUAUACUAGGAUUUUAUACGCUAUUUAUAGUUCAAUACGUUUUUUACUACUCACACGUAAAAUAUUCCUGCCUUCCUUCCCUUAAUUAUAAUUAGGACAUACAGUAUCAAUAGAAAUUUGAUUUUUUUUAAUCAUUCACAUGAUAAGCUUGAAACCAACUUCAACUGCAUGCGUCCCAAUAACACCCGUAAGCUAAUAUUAUUUAAGGGAUGGCAAUUGAUUGCAGAUUUGCUAUUCGUUCCGACCAGUUAAUUGUAUCAAAAUUUACAAAAUUGUGCAUAUUAUUUUUCCUUAAUUUACUGUCAAUAAACUGCCAGAGAUAGCACGAUAGAAAUAUUAUAUGUAAGUCUAUAUGAACACUAUUUUUUAUUACAUUAAUAAUUUUUAAGAAAAACUAUAUUUAAAAAACACAUUCAAAUAGUCGACAAAAUAUUUCCUGGUCCGUAAUUUUGUAAUCAGUUCAGUUUGUCGAGUAAAAGGUGAUUAGGAAAGGUUUGCCUAUAACAUGUUCUAGAUCUCCAAAUUUUUGUUAUCGUGGUUGAAUGUAUUUUUCUAAUGUAUACAUAUAUUUGUAAACAUUUAUUAUUUAACAAAUUAAUGUUUUCUUUAAAUGAAAAAAGUAAAACAUGCACAUAAUAAAGGUAUAUAAAUUAAUAGAUUAAUUUUAACGGUACUCAACAGAGAUUCUAACAUCAUUACAUGAAUAAAUAAAAGACGAAAAUUAUGAAAUUGUGUUAAAUAUACAACUUUACAUAUUUCAUACGACUAACCGAUUACUGAUUUUGUUACCGGUUACUUUCGUUCCGACCGAGUAAACGGUUAAUGGACUCAAAACCCGUUCGUUGUGGACAUAUUUAAUUUGAAGAUUUCUUUUCAAUUUUAUUUAUUCUCAGUUUUCUUUGACGAAGGUUCAUUGAGCUCAUUUUCAUAUUUACUUGUAUCUAAAGAAAAAUAAUUUCAAGUACAUGUAAUUGCGUAUUUUUGCGAUGUCAUGCAAAAUAAACGGAUAAAUACAUAAC